CUUGUUGUAAACAAGUUGCAUAGGAUUGUGUUUUGUUUGGUCGUUUGCCGAUUUAUGUUUUCAUCCGUACUCCGUAGUGUUUAGGCGAAACACUUGAGACUUGAAGGCGGUCGCAACUGAUAGCAGUCUCUAAGAGGAAGAAAAUCAACGUAAAUCGAUCUCGGACGAGGAUAAAAGAUUUUUUAUUAUUUUGUUGUAAAGUUUCCGUUCGGAUGGCGACCAAUGAACAAGUCGGCUUGAGCCGGACGUGGGAGCUGUCGCUGUACGAGCUGCACAGGACGCAGCAGGACGCGAUAACUGACAACACGGAGAUCGCAGUCUCGCCUCGGAGCCUCCACAGCGAGCUGAUGUGUCCCAUCUGCUUGGACAUGCUGAAGAAGACGAUGACGACGAAGGAGUGCUUGCAUAGGUUCUGCUCAGAUUGUAUCAUAACAGCUUUGAGGUCCGGUAACAAAGAGUGUCCCACAUGCAGGAAGAAACUCAUCUCGAAACGUUCCCUGAGGCCGGACCCGAAUUUCGACCUGCUCAUCUCGAAAAUCUACCCCAGCCGGGACGAGUACGACGCUCACCAGGUGAGAGUCCUGGAAAAGCUCAACAAGAGCCACAGCCAGGCCGCUCUCAUGAAUUCCAUCAACGAAGGGAUCAAAGUGCAGACCCAGAACAGAAUCCAGAGGUCGAAACGCGCCCACCUCGACUUGGACAACACGAGGAAUUCGCAGGACGUCAACGACAAUAAACAAUUCUCCGAAAGCACGUCCAUGACUUCCAGCCAAAGCAAUCCGAUCUCUGAAAGCUCUCAUAUCUCGUUUAGUCAGCCGCCUGAGAUCAUGAACGAAGAUGCCAAUGAUGCCAGUUAUCCCCAGAGGAACAAGCCGUACGGGUCUUCAUCCUCGGACACAAACGAUUCCGGAGAAUCUAGCCUGGACGCUUCCUGCCAAGAUUCAGCCACAGAGGGCGAAUCUUCACAAAUGUCUUCAUUCGAUGAAAUUGAACUUGUCUUUAAGCCUCACCCCGUUGAAAUGCCCAAUGAUUCUUCGCUCAUCAAAGCACUCAAAGAGAACUCAACUCGAUACAUCAAAACCACGGCUAAUGCAUCAGUUGAUCACCUUAGCAAAUAUUUGGCUACAAGGCUAGCCCUGGAUUUGGGCUCAGAGAUGCCAGACAGGAGUUUCAAUUUCUCCAUUCACAUCGCCCCAGUCGUCGGUCAGUUUAUUACGCUUACUGGUAACCAAACACUUAGGCAGGUUAAUGAAAAGUACUGGAAAAUCAACAAACCUUUGGAAAUGUUUUACUCUUGGAAAAAGGCAUAACUAAAAAAAAAUUAAGCUAUACUCUCCCUCUCUGUGUCAUGUUCUAUUAGAUCAUGAGCAUGAAGCUGUAUGAGAUGGCAGCAUUAUUUUGGCGCGGCUCAGAAUUCUGUCCUGUCAUGAUCUCAAUGUCAUCAGGGUAUUCCGAACCUUAAAAAUAUACCAAAAUAUGCGGUACAGUCUUUUCCUAAUUACCAAAAGUUGACGACAAAAAGAAAAACCUUCAAAUAUGAUUAAUCUACUGAAACUGAAAGUAUUUAAUAAAGUGACAAAUUAAUUAGCGUGGGGGGAAGAGUUACUGCGUUAAUUACUGAGAAACUCAUGCUUAACAUGACAUUUUCUAGGAAUAUCUUGUUCGAUGUCCAUAAUAGCAACUGGUUUAUUUGCUUAAGUUGUAAAUUAUGACUAUUUUUUUUAAUAAUUUCAAACUGUUAAGUGUUGUUUUUACUAAAGUUAUGAUCUAUUUAAUACAUACAUGUAACUGUUAUAUAAAACUGCACAAUUGUAAGCUGAAGACUGGAAAAAAUGCCAUGAAUCUUGUUACUUUAAUAUUUUUUAAGUAAUAACAAAAAUUGAAUCGGACUAUUGUUUUGCCUGUUAUUUGUUGAGCUUGAUGCAAAAUGAAAUUAUCGAUUAACCUGCAAAUUUAAUUUACUUAUAUACAUUUUGAAUUGAAGCAUGUUAGAAGGAUAUGAAAGUUUGAAGAUGUUUUCAAGUAUUUUUACAAGGAGAGAUUGAUUUUAUAGAAUUUUAAAAACAAAAUGCCAUUUAUGUAAGAAAAAUGUGGAAAUUGAUGUAUCCAUGAGUAAUGCGCAUUUUUUUUUCUUACUAUGCCUCAAAAACUUAAGCCCACAAGUUUUACUACUUAUUUUAAAACUUCCAAAAAAGGAGGUAUUUCAUUAACAUCUACCUAAAAUCAAUUUUUUUAAUGUAAAAAAAAACUGAAAAAUAUCAAUGUUUAGCUUAACUAGUCAGAAUAAAUGCCUAGAAUACUUAAAAACAUGUACAAUGAUUGAGAUUAAUAAUUAUAGACAUAUGUGAACAUGUUUCCGUUAGAUCUGAUACGUUACUGGACAAGUUGAUAGCCAGAGCAAUUUAUAAUUGUUGACUGAUAAUAAAACUAAAUUAUUAUCGUGCUAUUAGAUGUUACAUGAAAAUACAAAUGAUAUAUUUAAUGUAUUAUCUAUAAUUGGAUGAUAUUAAAAUUUAUAUAAAUUAUUAUAUAUCUGUUUUGCAAAUAAAUGUCUAUGUUCAUUAAAA